UGAAGUCGCCGUGCAUCCAUCCUUCACGUCUGGCGCGCGGUGCCUUUGCGCGUGUGACACCGAAGGGUGGAGAGAGAGAGAGAGAGAGCGCGCGUCGCUCACUGGCAGCGAACAGGAAACCGAUCGGCCUUUCUUUCUAAGGCACAUGGGGAAGUUCCGAGGGCACCAGGAUAAGAGCCGGAGGGGAAGGGAGAAGAAGCUCCUCAAGAAGAAAGCCGGGGCGGCUGCCGGGGGGAUCCGCGCCGUGGCGGCACAAGCUGAGUCGGCCCUCCCCGGCGGCGACUCCCUGACCAGCAGCAGUCCUGGCCGUCUACGACAGCGGGGGGUAGUGGGCGCGAAGAGGAAGCUCAAGCACGUGACGUACGCCAAGGAACACUCGGUGCUUAUCGUCGGAGACGGCGACUUCAGCUUCACGCGUGGCGUUAUCCGACACCGGGGAACGGGAGCUGGUGUCGUGGCGACUUCCCUGGAUUCCGAGAAAGCUGUACUCAAGAAGUACCCGCGAGCAGAGACUUGGCUCCCCAAACUUGAAGCCGAUGGAGCCCAGGUCGCACACUCAGUAGACGCUACCAGGCUAGAGGAAACCCUCCUAGGGGCCCGUGAAGGACGGGGAGAUGACGGGGGUGGAGGCGGAGUCGCUGGAGAGAAGAAGCGAGUUUUGUUCGAUCGCGUCGUCUUCAACUUCCCCCACACGGGCGCCCAGAGGACACACCUGAACCGUAACCUCAUCCGAGACUUCUUCGCCAGCACCAAGGGAUUGGUGAAGUGCGCGGCGGCCGGGGGAGAGGUGCACGUUACCCUCAAGGACAAGCCUCCAUACUCGGGCUGGAACGUGAAGGCAAUGGCGAGGGAAAGCGAGCUGAUCAUGGUGAGGUGCCUUGCCUUCGACCCAUCCGUGUUUCCCGGCUACCGCCACAGCACAACCGACCCUCAGGCAAAGAAAUUCGACGCGGGAGGGGCCAGGACGAACGUGUUCUGCCGGGCAAGAUCCGAGCUUGACGACAACGUGGAUGAGUCAGGCACAUUCCCGGUGAUAGUGCGACGGGGGGGGGCAGCCUCCUCUGCUGAACCGGUUGCGACUGCCAACAACACCGGCGGCAGCAACAAAUCCGACGACAACGUCGACGGUGAUGACCACAGCGGUGAAGACGACAACGCUAGCGACAACAGUGACUUGUUCGGCGGGGGCGGCUGCGGGGGUGGGGACCCCGACGCCGGCCUGGGGUCUUGGGACUACGAUCAAGGAAAAAGAGAAAAAACAACCGCCUCGGAGGGCGCGGGCGAUGACGCCCACGGCAGCGGCGGUGUCGAUCAGGCAGCCGCCGAUGCUAACGGCAGGAAGAACCGAGCGAAGAAAAAGAAAACUGGUGAAAAAGGCGGUGGCGGCGGUGUUCCCAGUGGCGAGGAGGUCGAGGGGGUUGAUGAGGGGAAGGGGGUGGCGUCGAAUGGGGCAUCGAAACGCGGCAUGCUUCAGCCUCCGGUGCAGAAGAAGAAGGCCGCGAAGCGUAGGGCACAGCGCAAGCGAAAGGCCGCCGCUGCUAAAAAAGCAGCAGCCUCUACAGCCGCUGCGGCAGAAGGGGCACCGAGAGGAGAGGGUUUCCCACAGGACGACGGCGUGGUGCCUGCCAACAAGGCAAAGUCACCCAAGCGAAAGCGAGGGAAGUACGUUGUCAAUUCGGCGAAGAAGCGGCCGAGAGAUUGAUUAACUAGUUUGCGGCUCCGAGAACCGGCAACUUGUUUUUGAUUCACUGCUGUGGAUCCUUGUAAGGGUAUUUUGUUUUGUGAUGUGAUUGAAACACACAAACCCUUGCGAUGCAAGCUGGGAAACAACAACUGUGCGAGCUGGGAAACGACUUGAUGCCGUGCUUCGCGAGGAGGGGAACAAUUCGCUAUUGAUUGUUGUAGUCGAGAAAUGAGUUCGAUGGAUCGUUACUAUGUGAAGGCCCUAGGCAUGCAUUGCCAAUUGGUUGUUUAUGCUUCUCGUUUGAGAGUGACAGAGAGCGAUAGAGAUGGCGGCAUUUAGCCAAGUAGUAGCAAUACAAGCCGCGUCGUCGAUGCUGUUGUCACUGAUGCUGUGGUAGCACCUCUCUCUCUCUCUCUCU